UUCUUCCAUUUCGAAGAGGGAAUGGUGGUUGUAAUGUGGGUAAGUUGAAUCAAUUGUUAACCGGGAGUCGGAAGUGUAGCCAUCCUGAGCUGCAGGAAAGAUGGGUCUUGCUUCUCGACCUCCACCACCCGAAUAUGAAGGAGGGUUCACUCUCUAUCUCGCCUUCACAUCUUUCAUUGCUGCAGUGGCCGGUCUCCUCUUCGGCUACGAUAUGGGUAUUUCAGGUGGGUUGUCGACCAUGCGCUCGUUCUUGCAGGAGUUCUUCCCCAACAUCUAUGAGAAAACAAAACACAGGCCACUGUUUCGUGCAGACGCGUACUGCCAGUACAACAAUCACAUGCUUACCCUGUUCACCUCUUCCCUCUACCUUGCUGCAUUGGUGUCUUCCUUCUUCGCUUCCACAAUUUCCAGAAAACAUGGCAGAAGAGUUUCCAUAUUCCUAUCGGGCCUCUUCUUCCUCUUUGGGGCGGCCCUCGGUGGCUAUGCCACUAAUGUCACGAUGCUAAUAUUCGGUCGCCUGUCGCUUGGUUUUGGAGUUGGGUUCGGUAAUCAGGCAGUUCCAGUAUACUUGUCGGAAAUGGCUCCAGCAAAGCUCAGAGGAUCGCUUAACUUGAGCUUCCAUGUGGCGACUGCCAUUGGCAUUUUCAUAGCAAAUAUCGUCAACUUUAUUGCUCCUUUUGUCGACAAAACUGAGGGAUGGCGAUUCUCCAUAGGUCUGGUAGCUGUGCCUGCGGUAUUUCUAACCCUUGGAGCUCUUAUUCUGCCAGAUACUCCCAGUUCUCUUAUAGAAAGAGGCCAUCCCGAUGCAGCAAAAAAAGUACUACAAAGGAUCCGCGGUAUGGUCAAUGUGGAACGUGAGUACAAUGAUUUGAUAAACGCGUGCUAUUUCUCAAAUAAAAUCGAGUACCCUUGGAAGCACAUGUUCACGAGGAGAUAUAGGCCUCAGCUUAUCAUGUGCACUCUCAUUCCGCUCUUCUCACAGUUUACCGGAAUCAUCGUUGUCCUGUUCUACCUACCAAUCCUGUUCAAGACUUUGGGUUUUGGUGAUCAGGCGGCAAUCGUUUCGGCAUCACUAAUUGCAAUUGUCCUGCUCUUGACAACCUUUGUCUCUGUUGCAUUGGUCGAUAAAUGUGGAAGGAAAGCUUUGUUCAUUGAAGGGGGAAUUCAAAUGCUCAUUUGCCAGAUUGGUGUAGGAUUCAUUAUUGCGAAGAAGUUUGGGGUCAAGGGGGAAGGAUUUUUGACAAGGGACGAUGCGAGUAUGUUGUUGCUCUUGAUCUCCUUAUAUUUUGCGGCUUUCUCGUGGUCAUGGGGUCCCUUAGGGUUUCUAGUGCCUACUGAGAUCUGUCCUCUGGAGCUCCGGUCGGCCGGCCAGGCGAUCAGUGUGUCCAUCGGCAUGCUAUUCACAUUUAUUCUUGCUCAGGUCUUUGUGUCCAUGCUGUGCUACAUGAAGUUCGGUCUCUUCUUUUUCUUCGCCACCUUCCUGGUAGCAAUGACACUCUUUAUAUACUUGUUCGUGCCGGAGACCAAGAACGUUCCUCUUGAGGAGAUGAGCUGGGUUCUGAAGGUACAUUGGUUUUGGGGGGACUACAUCCCUGACGAAGUGAUCUUCGAGGACCCCGAAGGUUCAUACGCGAACUGGUUGGACAACAGAGUAAAGUGAUCCGAGUUGGGGAUGGAAGAUGUAAAAGAUGAAAUUCUGUCUCACCUUGAUCGUGAAGGCGGCUCCGGGCCUUCUUUUGGCAGGUUUCAGCAAGGAGAGCCCUCAUGUGGGUAUACAAGAGUUCUUCAUGAGAAAUCUUGAGAUGCGCUUUAACCUGGAUAAGGAGGCGAAUCGAGCA